GAUACGGUAGACGCACUGCGCAUGCGCUUUGGAAGACGCUACAGUUGUCAACAGUGCUGUAGCUGUGUAAAAUGGCGGAUCGUGGAGAAGAGGCAGAGAGCGAGGACGAGCUGUAUGAAGUGGUGGACAUCACUGAGUACGCUCGGCGACAUCAGUGGUGGAGUCGAGUUUUCGGGAGCAACACAGGACCUAUUGCUGAAAAGUACUCAGUAGCCACACAGAUCAUGAUGGGUGGAGUAACAGGAUGGUGUGCUGGUUAUCUUUUCCAGAAGGUUGGGAAAAUUGCUGCAACUGCAGUUGGUGGUGGAUUUCUCCUUUUACAAAUUGCCAAUCACAGUGGGUAUGUGCAGGUGGACUGGAAAAAAGUAAAUAAGGAUGUUAAUAAGGCAAAAAAGCAUUUGAAAAAGAAGGCCAACAAAGCAGCGCCAGAGCUCAAUUCAUUUAUUGAAGAGUCCACAGAAUUCGUGAAGAGAAAUAUAGUGGUUUCAAGUGGAUUUCUCGGAGGAUUUCUGCUGGGACUGGCAUCUUGAGUCACAGCUGGAUCUGAUAUUCAUAUGGACACUCCUUAUCCAGAGAUAUUCUCUACUGUAUUUUUGUUUGUUUUAUUGCUGUAUUCCAGAGAUGUACACAUAAAUGUUGCAGUAUUUGUUGCUUUGAGGCGGAGUUUGGAAAUGAAAUUGGGCUUCUCAGCUAUCUGCAUGUCUAAGAAAGAAAAAGUUGCACAUAAGUAAUUUCUUGUAAUUAACAGAACUUCUGUAGUAUGAGCCAUUUUUAUGCCAAUUUUGAUUGGUAGUGUUGUUGAAAAGUUAUAUAAGUUAACACUAUAGGGGAAGGAUGCAUCUCUGUUUAUGUCUCUUAUGUUGUAUAGUAGACCAUAACUGAACCGUAUUGAAGCAAAGAAUUGCUUGCACAUGUUUUACUUUUAGAACUGUCCAUAAUUGUUACCUAUUGAUCCUUGGUUCACAGUGGGUAAUUCUCUUUGUUUCUAAUGUCCUUUAUUUAUACAUACCAUGUGCUGAUUCACAGUGUUUAAUGUUUGAAGACUAUGUGUAUUAACAUAAAAGUUAAUCUACUAAUGCUGAA